CGUCCAGAUCCCGCUAUGCUUUGCGGUGAGAUGUGAAAAGAUACAGUUUCGUAGUCACUGCGUCGUAAAUUUUCGAGUUUUAUGAGGUGUAAAAGACAGCUAUUGUUGCGUCACAGUGAUUUUUUAAUCCCAGCUAGACUUUUCUCUGCACAAGAGAAAAUAACAGUGUCAUCAGUGUUACAGACGUGGUUUUGUAGCCUAAUUUGCAGUGAAGACGGCGAAAACGCCCCCCUCCCCCUUAGCUCGCAGUAUAGUAGUAGUGUAUGGCGAAAAUUCUCGCAAGCUGACAAUAAUGGACGACAGUGUCUCCUGUGGCGGUUUCUCGGUGAACGAUCUCCCAGAGGAGCUACUGGAGCGGAUCCUGCUGUUCCUGUCUCCGUACGGGGAGUACAAAACCGCCGCGCUGGUCUGUAAACUGUGGCGGAGACUUAUCAAAGGUGUUAGCAAGCAGCACUACCAAUCCUUCAUCACCUCCAUUGGUGAGGGAACCAUCCAAUGGCACACCAUCCGCGGUCCCUCCCACCAACCACAGCCCGCGCCUCGCAUCUCCCACAGCGCCUGUUACUAUGACGACGACCAGGCCAUGUACGUGUUCGGAGGAAGCUCCGUGGCCAAUCCCAACACUUGUUUCAACGACCUCUGGAGGUUUGACCUGGCCAGUGAGGAAUGGGUGAGACCACUGGCAGCAGGUUCCUACCCCUCCCCCAAGGCCUGGGCGUCCCUGGUUCGGUACAAGCGCUGCCUGCUGCUGUUUGGAGGAUGUGCUCGACCCAGCCCCUACCCCUACCACCAACCCGAGAGGUACUUUGAUGAGAUCCACCUGUACACUCCUACAGACAACAGAUGGAGCUAUGUGGUGACCUCGCCCUCCCCCCCUCCUGUAGCUGGGCAUGGGGCCAGUGUGAUAGGAGACAGGAUGGUGGUGAUAGGGGGAUCUCUCAGUCUACAGAGGAGGUCCAAUGAUGUCUGGGUGUUGAACCUACAGACCAUGGAGUGGAGCAUGCAGCAAGUGCAGGGUACACCCCCUCUCCCCAGGUUUGGACACACACAGGUGGUUUUGGAUGAUGAAACUAUCCUGAUCAUUGGUGGAUGUGGAGGAGCCAAUCAGAACUUCAGUGAUGCCUGGAUGUUGAGGCUAGACACGACACCGUGGACCUGGAGUCAGCUGGGGGUGGACAACGAGAGCCUGGCUGCACCACACAUCUGGUGUCAUCCUGGCUGCAAGGUUGGUAACUACGUGGUGUUCCUUAGUCAGGAUCCCAACAUGUCUAACAUGUCCAGUCUGCACAACAAGCCAUCACCACUGCGUCUGGAGACCCACCGCCACCCCUCCCUGCAAACCCUGCGCCGGCUGCCCCCCAGCUUCGACCCCAGCCAGUGUCCACAUGGAACAAACGGGAGGGACGAGCGCCGGUGUGAGAACGGCGUACGGGGAUCCUUCACGCGGCCUGUACGCACACUUUCGCCUCAGCCAGGGGCAAGUGGGCAGCAGGAGCAUAGGUUACGAUUCGGCCCGCGUGAAGCGAGGGACGUUACAGAACAGGGCGAGGCAUCACGUAGUCUUCCAGCACAGCCUAGCACAAGUGGUCAUCAACAACAAAGGUUACGUUUUAGUCCACGUGAUGUAAAAGAUGAUGAAGAACCACGUGGGGCAUGGGGAGGAGUUUCAGGAAGUAUGUCCGAGGGAAAGAGACCAAACCUGCCCAACGGAAGUGUGUCCAAACAACCAAAGAUGGACAGUCUACAACCACAGGCCGGAACGUCUUUUAGAAACCUAACACUACCACUACAAGGCAGUAACGGAAGAGGAGAGUUAGAUAGAAAUGUCAGCUCGCUGGCAGUGUUUAAGGUUAAAUCUAGCAACACCACUUUGGGAAGCAGUAGUGAAAUUGUUUCAAAUGGUCAAGGUGUUGUUUCUAGAGGCAGAGGUCUUGGGGCAGCAUCUCUUGAAGACAGAACGCCUGGUGCAAGUAGCAGUGAAAGUGGAAGAGAAGCUGUAUCUCCUUCCCAGCCGGAGUCAGCCCCUGUUGGACGAAUGGAAGACUGCGGAUGCAGUUCUGACAUGGCGAGUAAGGCUCAGCCCGACGCAUCACGCUGUAACAACGGAAAGGUUGCCUCUUCCCUCCACAAAUUCCGCUGCACGGAUGUACCGCGAGACUGCCAAACCUGCAUGGGGAUGCACAUGUACGUGUUGGACAUCAGCGCCGCAAGGACCACGGGUCGAGUCCGCUGGUCCGAGAUGCCGAGCAACGAGGGACUCUUCGCGCCGGAAGAGACGAGUCUCCACUCCAUAGUGAUGGGGAGGGGGGACGUGAUAGUUUACGGAGGGAUGGAGAGUGUACGCAGUAAGAGACAGACGGGAAUUCGGUUAGGACUGGUGACAAUGCCGAACAAGCUGUACAGACUCACAGCAAGACGGAUAUGAUUUUCUGUCUUUUACUGCAUUUUUUAAAAUUCCUUUCAAGUACAAUAAAACUGUUAACAGUUUACGGACCGCUUAACUUCUUUUGUUAUUGUCGGAACAACUCUCAAAAGAUUUUAACGUAUUAAAAUCUGCAUAAUCCUACACACAUCAAAAUUACGCGUACAAGCACCACAUAAUUUGGGAUUGGGACUUAGGGGGAUGGUAUCUUCAAUUUAAUUUUUUACUCGGUGAACUUGAGGAUAGUUGACGUUGCAGUCUUUUGUCAAUAUUUCAAUACAUUAUUUGUACCUGUAACUCUUGAUAUGUAAUUCAUAAUUGAAUGUAUAUCUGAGAUGUCAGAAUGUGUUCAAAUGUUAACAGUUACUAGUAUAAUGUGGUUGUCCUGUACUGAAGCAACUUUAGUUGGCUACCAAUUUAUUAAUCAUAUAUAAUCUUAUUGCAUAAACCUGGCAGUAUUGUUAUCAAUAACAGAGUUCCAGGGGGAAAAACAUCAAUUACUAACAUGAAGCUAUAAUAAACCAUACAUACCUAUACAUGGCAUAUAUAGAAUAUGUAUGUAUAGGUCUGAUAACACUACAGAAAACUGCAAAUGCACCAAGUCAUGAAUACAUGGAAAUAGCCAAAUCUGUGUUACUUAAUUAAUUAGUCUUUGUUAAAAUGGUUGAUAAUUGUUGUUGAUUUGUAAUAUACACUGUGAUAUUACUCCAGACUUGCUGACAACACACUGUCAGAAUAGCAAAGCUCUUUAUUCAAAAACACUUGUUUAACAAGAGCCGACAUUUCAUUGACCGCCUGUCAUCUUCAUCAGGGUAAUUAUGAUAGGUUAUUGAGACAUGAGGAAGAUGACAAACAUUUACUAUCAUGAAAGUUCAUCUGUGUUGGUAGUUACAUAUUUAAAGUUGAAACUUUUGGUCCAACACAAAAAAAAUUCUCACCUAGAGCUUUCGACCAGUCACUCUGGUCUUCCUCAGUAGACUGACCCAGUGAAGCUGAACAAGACUGAACAAGCCUAUUUUUGAGAGGUGUGAAGGAAGCCAUAUACAUCAGGGCCCA